AGAGCGAUUCGAAUGCAUUGGAUCCGUGUGCUCUCUUAUCGCUCGCGCUGUAGCUACCUUUUUGUCAUACAGUGAUCAUUCUGUGCAGCACUGUUUCAAGUCGAACGCGCCUAGACAGAAGUAGCGGACUUUUACAGCGGACAACUACGACACUAAAAGGGCGGAGCCGAAGGAGGUCACUAUCGUCUUGACAACAUUGGAAACUAUAGGGGGCUGGUCUUAAAAAUUGUGUAACUGAGAUAUAUAACCAACGACUUAUAUAUGUGACUAUUCUGUGUUAAGAACCGUUAAAGACAAUGCGGUAGCGCGUUGUUGUUUUAUGAGGACAGAUUUAUUUAAUAUACUCGGCACCAUUCACCUCUUUUAAUAAAGCGGUGAUAGUGACGCUGGGUUAGGCAGCAAAUUGGAACAGUCUAAAUCUGAUUCGUAAAAAAAAAAACUGUCCGCUAUUUUAAAAACUGAUUGUAUGUGUGUAUGAAACGUUUGUAAUGAUGGGAGUCGGAGCUGAUAACAAAACCGUGAGCACAUCCAGUAAGUUUACACUACAGCCGUCUGAAGAGGAAAAAGAGGAGGUAGAGAUCGACAAGAUGACACCCGGCAGUGCUGAAGCCACGAGGCUGCCAAAAGCUGAACCCCAGGAGACGGAGACAAGAGAAAUGUGGGGUCGGCGCCUGGAGUUCGUGCUCGCCACCAUCGGUUAUGCUGUGGGGCUGGGAAACGUGUGGCGCUUUCCGUACCUGUGCUACAGGAGCGGGGGAGGUGCUUUCUUGAUUCCCUACAUGAUCAUGUUGUUUCUCUGUGGUAUCCCACUGCUGUUCAUGGAGUUCACUGUUGGGCAGUACACCCGUCUGGGGCCGGUCCACGCUCUGGCUAAAAUAUGUCCCCUUUUCAAAGGUGUGGGUCUUGCCACAGUGGUGAUUUCUUACGUGCUCUGCACCUACUACAAUGUGCUCAUGACCUGGGCUCUCUACUACCUGCUUCACUCCUUCAGCCCCUCAUUGCCGUGGCAAUCCUGCAACAACACAUGGAAUGAAGUUGGCAACUGUUCCACCGGUUUUCCUGGCAAUGCCACACAUCUGAAAUCCGCCAGUCAACAGUUCUUUGAUCAUAAGGUGCUAGAAAUGACCGCAGGGAUUGAGCAUGCUGGAGGGAUUCGUUGGGAACUCUUUGGUCUUCUAGUUCUGGCCUGGGCCAUUGUUUAUUUCUGUAUCUUUAAAGGGGUCAAAUCCACUGGAAAGGUUGUGUACUUUACUGCCACAUUCCCUUAUUUCAUACUGUUUGCAUUGCUGAUUAAUAAUGUUCAAUUGCCUGGAGCAAAAGAUGGUAUCCUCUUCUUCCUCAUGCCGAACUGGAGUAAACUCUUGGAAGUCCAGGUGUGGGUCAAUGCUGCUGCUCAGAUCUUCAACUCUAUUGGCAUUUCCUUUGGUUCUAUGAUAUCCAUGGCCAGUUACAACAAGUUCAACAACAACAUCCUCAGGGACACAUUUAUCGUCUGUCUGGCUAAUUCAGCCACUAGUAUCGUGGCUGGGUUUGUCAUUUUCUCUGCCAUUGGGUACAUGGCCCACAUUCACAACCUCCCUGUAGAUGACAUUGCCACUGAUGGGCCUGGUCUGGUGUUUGUGGUGUAUCCUGAAGUUUUCUCCACUAUGCCAAUCUCUCAGCUCUGGGCUCCUCUGUUUUUCAUCAUGUUACUGUGCCUGGGACUGGACAGUCAGUUUGCCAUGGUGGAGGUGGCUGUGACGUUCAUCAUGGACGGAUUUGGCAAGAAAAUAUUGCCCGUUUUUAAGAGAAAGGAGCUGAUCGUUCUGGCAGUGUGCAGCUUUGGGUUUCUGCUGGGGAUUCCUCAUAUUACUAGGGGUGGGAUAUAUGUGUUUCAGCUGAUGGAUCACUACACAGCUGUGGUGUCUCUAAUGUUUCUGGCCUUCUUCGAGGUGCUCGCCAUCACUCUCAUAUUUGGAGUGAGACGGCUCAGUAUAAUGGUGGAGAAUAUGCUGGGAAAGAAACCAAACCUCUUCUUCCGUGUUUGUUGGCAGUUCCUGUCACCCAUGCUUGUGCUGGGUAUUCUGAUCUCCAGUAUUUUUCAGUAUACUCCAGCUCGAUACGGUAAGUCUUACAAAUACCCGUUCUGGGCAGAGGUGGUGGGCUGGUUCAUCUCUCUCUUCUCCAUCAUCUGGAUUCCACUUGGGGCUCUACAUGAGCUUUGGACCACAGAAGGGUCUCUGCUACAGAGGUUGAAAAAGUCCAUAACACCAACUGUAGAUCUGGAGUCUGUUUCAGAGAAGCCAUCUGCUGAGUCCAUAGCGCUGUUCACGGUUGCUUAGACGCUAUUGUUUGUGGUAUUAUUGUUUUUGGUAUGUUUACUCAUUAGAAGUACAAAGUAGCUUUGCUUAAACUGUAAAAACUAUCAUUUUAUGUUUUAUUAGUGUUCAUAUUCUAUUUAUUGCAUUUGAGAUUAAUGCUGAAAAGAACAAACACCAAAAAGGUCCCAGAAUUACAAUUUUGCAUUAAUACUGAUGAAAAUCUGUUUUUUAUUGCCUAAUUGAAUAACUGUAUUACAUGUAUUUAUUUGAUUGUCUGACAGAUGUUGUUUUUUUAUGUAAAAAGAUUAAGAGAAUUUAUUCAUAUUUUUCUUCAGGAAAAGAAAAAUGUAAAAUAUAUGAUGAUUUAAUGAGAGAGAAAUUACAAGAUUUUGGUUUUCUCCGUUAUUUAAACUUUAAAAUAAUUAUUCACUGAGCUUGAAAUUUGAUGGAAUAUAUCUUUUCACACACUGAGCUGAAUGACUGACGAACCUUUGAAUUUUAAACAGUUCAAAAAUGGAUGCCAAUGCACUUACAAAUGCCUGUUUUCAUGAAACUCAAAUGUCAACAUCAAUUUAUUGUGGGUGCAACAGCAUUCACUCUCAUGGGCUUUAACUCAUUCAGAU